GGUCAAGUGUGGCCGAGACGCUGUCACCCCAGCGGGUGGCCCCACCUGAGGAUCAUCCCACCGGCCCGCCCAGCCCCACGGGCGGGCCGCAGGCUCCAUGCCCUCCCCUAUUCUUGGGGGCCUCGUCCCCGGGUCACGCUGAGGGUACUUGAACCCCCUCGGACUGCCGGGCGGCGCCUCCUUCCCAUCUCCACGGCCCUGAGGAGGGACCCAGCGCACAACUCCAGAUGUGCCGCCAGGCUGUCCCCGCCUGGAGGGGCCCCGUCUCUCCCCUUGCCCCGCGCGCCCGCAAUGUGGAAGGCCUCGGAUUCCAGGACGGAGCCAAAGAAGGGCUGAAGUCGGAGAACCUCUCUUUGCCUCCAAAGUUGGUUUUCGGACACAAAUUCCCAGGCACAGCUGGUCCCGAGCCGAUGUCCCAGGUGAGUGGCCAGCCCUCCCCUCACUGCGACGCGCCCCAUGGAGCCCCCAGCGCAGCUCCGGGCCCAGCCCAGACCGCAUCCCUCCUACCUGGGCUGGAGGUAGUAACAGGAUCCACUCACCCUGCGGAGGCAGCGCUAGAGGAGGGCUCCCUGGAGGAGGCGGCACCCUCCAUGCCCCAAGGCAACGGUCCUGGGGCCCCCCAGGCCCUGGACAGCACUGACCUCGAUGUCCCCACAGAAGCUGUGACACGCCAGCCUCAGGGGAGCCCCUUGAGCUGCACCCCACUAGUGGCGAAUGGCUCUGGCCAUCCCUCGGAGCUGGGCAGCGCCAGGCGGGCGGGGAACGGUGCCCUGGGCGGCCCCAAGGCCCACCGGAAGUUGCAGACACACCCGUCUCUCGCCAGCCAGGGCAGCAAGAAGAGUAAGACCAGCAGCAAAUCGGCGGCCUCCCAGAUCCCUCUCCAGGCACAGGAAGACUGCUGCGUCCACUGCAUCCUGUCCUGCCUCUUCUGCGAGUUCCUGACUCUGUGCAACAUCGUCCUGGACUGCGCCACGUGCGGCUCCUGCAGCUCCGAGGACUCGUGCCUCUGCUGCUGCUGCUGCGGCUCUGGCGAGUGUGCCGACUGCGACCUGCCCUGCGACCUGGACUGCGGCAUCCUGGACGCCUGCUGCGAGUCGGCCGACUGCCUGGAGAUCUGCAUGGAGUGCUGUGGGCUCUGCUUCUCCUCCUGACCGGCAGGGAGGCCCCAGGCUGUCGCACAAAGCUUGAUCACCCCUUCCCCUCGUCCUCUCCCACCCUCCCAGGGCCCUCUCAGAACCCCAGCCCGUGAGAAGGGGGCGCUCGGGGGCACCUCAGUCACGGGAGCUGGGCCCACUGCAGAGAGCCGGUCCUCCCCCCUGGUUACCAGGGCCACAUGGCACCGAGGACCUGGCGGCGAGGGCUGGGGUAGGGGCCCCUCCUGGGCCAGCUGCCAGGGCUGCAGAACACUGUGAAAGUUGGAGGGGGCGUGCAGGAACGUGGAGAGGCAGGGAUGCCGGAGCUGUGCGCUUCUCUACCUCCCGCUGCUCCUGGCUCCCACCGCCCCUGAUCCCCAGGCUUAGAGGACAGCAAAAUGUGAAAAGAGACCCCCACCCCGCCCUCAGCCAAGCCCCUCCCUGUCUCCUUUCCUGGCCUCUUGUGGGGGCCUGACCUAUACAGUGACCCUAGAGGGUGCUGGGCUUGGGCCUAGGGCAGGGCAGGAGGGGGAACGGUAUGGAAAAGACUGGAAGGGGAGAGGGAGGGAAUGGA